AGUUUCGCCCGAGAUCACCGCCACCCGGGGACCCUGCGGCGGCAGCGCUCCUCCGGGCUGUAACCUUGAACUUUCCCAGCGCGGUGACACAUUCUCUGCGCUCGCUCUUGCUCCCGCCCUCUUUCCUGCGCCCCCCACCCCGCCUUUUUUUAAAAAAAGCACUUCACCAACCACUACCCCAAUCCGACCCGCACCGCCGAUCCUCCGCGCACCUCCCAGCUCCCAACAACAACAACAACAACAACAAUAACUGCAACUGCAACACAGAAAGCAAAUCCCCAAACCCGGGCGGAAAGCGACCCACACCGGCGGCGGCGGCGGAGGCGGCGGCGGCUCCGGAGAGAGCAGGGCCGGCGGGCGCGCUCGGACUGCGAGGUCUCCAAGUGCAGAUUGGAUUUCACGCCGGGAAAUCCAGCGCGCCGCCAGUGAACUUGAAUCUUGUGGCUGUUGAAGGAGGACCUGGGUUGGUCGUGAAGUUGCGGUGAUCCAGCGGAUUUGAUCCAGCUGAUUUGAUCGCGCACCGAGGGACUCCGAGGACUGGAACAUGAAUAGAUGAAAUUCUGGCUUCUCGAAGAUUUUUCUUGGGCAUCUCCUGGAAAGCGCGUGUGUUUGUUUUAUUUUUUUAAGGCGAAGUCAUGAUGUAUUCUCCCAUCUGUCUCACUCAGGAUGAAUUUCACCCGUUCAUCGAGGCCCUCCUUCCACACGUCCGUGCAAUCGCCUAUACGUGGUUCAACCUGCAGGCUCGGAAACGCAAGUACUUUAAAAAGCACGAGAAGCGGAUGUCCAAGGACGAAGAGAGAGCCGUCAAAGAUGAGCUCCUCAGCGAAAAGCCCGAGAUCAAGCAGAAGUGGGCAUCCAGGCUCCUGGCCAAACUGCGCAAAGAUAUUCGCCAGGAGUACCGGGAGGACUUUGUGCUCACCGUGACUGGCAAGAAGCACCCGUGCUGUGUCUUAUCCAACCCCGACCAGAAGGGUAAGAUUAGGAGGAUCGACUGCCUGCGGCAGGCAGACAAAGUCUGGCGUCUGGAUCUAGUCAUGGUGAUCCUGUUCAAAGGCAUCCCUUUGGAAAGUACCGAUGGAGAGCGGCUCAUGAAAUCCCCUCAUUGCACAAACCCAGCACUUUGUGUCCAGCCACAUCAUAUCACAGUGUCAGUUAAGGAGCUUGAUUUGUUUUUGGCAUACUACGUGCAGGAGCAAGAUUCUGGACAAUCAGGAAGUCCAAGCCACAAUGAUCCUGCCAAGAAUCCUCCAGGAUACCUUGAAGAUAGUUUUGUAAAAUCUGGAGUCUUCAAUGUAUCAGAGCUUGUGAGGGUAUCCAGAACACCCAUCACCCAGGGAACUGGAGUCAACUUUCCAAUUGGAGAAAUCCCAAGCCAACCAUACUAUCAUGACAUGAACUCGGGGGUCAAUCUCCAGCGGUCGCUGUCUUCUCCACCAAGCAGCAAAAGACCCAAAACCAUAUCCAUAGAUGAAAAUAUGGAGCCCAGUCCUACAGGAGACUUUUAUCCCUCUCCGAAUUCACCAGCUGCUGGAAGUCGAACAUGGCAUGAAAGAGAUCAAGAUAUGUCAUCUCCGACUACUAUGAAGAAGCCUGAAAAGCCAUUGUUCAGCUCUACAUCUCCACAAGAUUCUUCCCCAAGGUUGAGCACUUUCCCCCAGCACCAUCACCCCGGGAUACCUGGAGUUGCACACAGUGUCAUCUCAACUCGAACUCCACCUCCACCCUCACCGUUGCCAUUUCCAACACAAGCUAUUCUCCCUCCAGCCCCAUCGAGCUACUUUUCUCAUCCAACAAUCAGAUAUCCUCCCCACCUGAAUCCUCAGGAUACUCUGAAGAACUAUGUACCUUCUUAUGACCCAUCCAGUCCGCAAACCAGCCAGCCUAACAGCAGUGGUCAAGUGGUAGGGAAAGUGCCUGGCCAUUUCACUCCUGUCUUGGCACCCUCUCCCCAUCCCAGUGCAGUGCGACCUGUGACCCUGACCAUGACAGAUACUAAACCCAUCACUACAUCCACUGAAGGUGAGGCAGCUUCACCUACAGCAACCACCUACACAGCCUCAGGCACAUCUCAAGCCAAUCGAUAUGUGGGACUAAGCCCAAGAGACCCAUCCUUCCUACAUCAGCAACAGCUGAGGAUUUGUGACUGGACCAUGAAUCAAAACGGCAGGCAUUUAUACCCCAGUACCAGUGAGGAUACAUUGGGAAUUACUUGGCAAAGUCCUGGUACCUGGGCUAGUUUGGUUCCUUUCCAAGUAUCAAACAGGACACCCAUCCUACCGGCAAAUGUCCAAAAUUACGGUUUGAACAUAAUUGGAGAACCUUUCCUUCAAGCAGAAACGAGCAACUGAGGGAGAGAAUGAAAUACAACAGCAGCUUACGAAAUUAAAAAAGAAAAAGAAAAAGAAAAAGAAAAGAAAAAUGGAAAGGAGGAAGACUGGACAAAAUAAAAACGAAACAAAAAGGGAGGAAGGAAGGAAACGGAAGAAAGAAGAUAUUAGACCAGCAAUUGCAGCACUUACAAUCACUAAUUCCCUUAAGGUUGAAACUGUAAUGACGUAAAAAAAAAAAAGGGUCGAUGAUAUUUCACUGAUGGUAGAUCGCAGCCCCUGCAACGCGUAGCCUUUGUUACAUGAAGUCCGCUGGGAAAUAGAUGUUCUGUCUCUAUGACAAUAUAUUUUAACUGACUUUCUAGAUGCCUUAAUAUUUGCAUGAUAAGCUAGUUUUCUUGGUUUAGUAAUCUUGUUGUUUACGCAUGGAAUCACUAUUCCUGGUUAUUUCACCAACGAAGGCUAGGAGGCGGCAUCAGAGGUGCUGGGUGUCGGAGCCAUGAGCCAGCCAUUUUAUAAGCACUCUGAUUUCUAAAAGUUAAAAGAAUAUAUGGAAUCUCUGUAGCCUUUAGUUAUCAGUACAGAUUUAUUAAAUUUUGGCCCUUAACCCAGCCUUUUCCAGUGUUUAACCCAGUUUGAAAUCUUAAAAAAGAAAAAAAAGGAAAAAAAAAAAGGAAAAAAAAAGGAAAAAGGAAAAAAAAAAACCAGUUUGAACACAAAGGCUCUAUGGAAGAAAUGCCUCUAUGUAGGUGAAGUGUUAUCUCUGCAUGCAACAGUAAAAAAUUAAUAUAAUAUUUUGCCCACAAAAGAAACACUUAACAGAGGCAAGUGCAAUUUAUAAAUUUAUAUCUAAAGGGGAAUCAUGAUUAUAAGUCCUUCAACCCUUGGACUCUAAAUUGAGGGGAUUAAAAAAAAAAAGAAUUUACAAUAAUUUUGAGCGAAUUUAUUUUCCCCUCAGUUUUUGAGGGCAUGGAAAAAAAAUGCAUUAAAUCAAGACAAAUCAUGUGCUUGAGGAAAAAAAAAAUUAAUGGAAACACAGCACUUAUGUUGGUUUAGCUGCAGCCUCCUCGGAGGUAGAAUUUAUUUAUUUAAAAAUUACUGGUUGCAUCAAGAACCCAUAGGGUGUACAAAAGAUUCUAUAAAAUCUGCAUCACAGAGACAGAGGCAGGCAAAUCCAUGUCACAAGGGUAAAGCUUACAGUUUACAAACUGGGACCGCCAGGGUGUAGGAUAUAGAAACGCACUCUUGAGAAAACACGUGUGAUCAGGGUGCUGAAUACUUGCAUGGUGCUUUCAGACAUUAGCCUUGUUCAAUGAACUUCUUGUAUUGACAGAUCUGUAGUGUGCAUGGGCAGACACAUUUUUGCCUCUAUGUCUCUUAAAAUUUUAAUUAAAAAUACUCUUUCCAGUAAUCCUAAUUUGCACGAAGAUAUAAUGUCCACAUUACGUGCCUUGCCUUGAAAUCUAAAAGACAAAAAAAGAAAAAAAAAAAACACA